CCGGGUUUUCCACCGCGCCGCAGUGGGAGGAAGUCGGACCCACAAAGCGACAGAAAAGAGGCAGAAACACAGGAAAACACGCCGAGCUGGAGGCUCUCAAACCCGGGGGGGAACAUGUGCAUUGCAGCUGCGACACGGACAGUUUAAGCAUUCCUGCAGCGGAGCCCUGGAAACACCCGCAGAGACGCUCCAGAGAGGCUGCGCACGCACCGCUUCGUAGCCGGACUUUGGGCUCUCCAGCGCGGGUAGCAGAGCGGCCAGGAGUCGGUCUCUGGCGCUCCUUCCUCUCCUCCUCUUCCUCCUCCUCCUCCUCCUCCUCCUCCCCCGUCAGCAGCGUCACCAGUCUGCCGCUCCGUGCUGGCUCUCCACCCCUCACAUUUCAGGCUAACACACCAAGCAGAUUAUGGAGUAUAUUAGGCGGGUUUCUGCCUGUUUUUGACGGUUUUUUGACGCUUCUUUUCCGGGGAGUCGCUGCAGGACUUUUCCCCGGAGAACGAGCCCGAUCUCCGGGUCCGAAAUCGAGCCCGUGUCGCCGUUAAACCGUCCACACGGUGCAGCCCGAUGCCUCCCAGCAAACCUGCGCAUUUAUCCAAAUAAAUCUGCUGGAGUGAAACAACCAGAAAUCGAUGCAUUUAUCGAUUAAUCACUCAAAUUCGGGGGUAGUUAGCCUGAGUGGCUAGCAGGUCGUGCUAGUUAGCUUCGGUGGCUAACUAGCAUUGGAAACGACACCUGCCCUGCGAGAAGACGAAUUCAAGUUAUCAGCAAGGGAUUCGGCUCCAGAUUAAUCGAUUUCUCUGGGUUUUUUUGCUAAACCCCUUCAGGUGUGUCCUGACUUCAAUUCGGCUUGGUUGUUUUUUAGAUUUUUGACUGAUUUAAGGGGGAAUCACACAGGAACCAGAGGGGCAGGAGCUCUUUUCAUGGCUCUUUUCUAACCUGUUGGUUUUGUUUCUGGAGGAAAAACGAGCCUGCCGACAGAUGAGGGGUGUUCUUCUGUUCCUGCACCAGCUGAGACAUCCAUGAGGACCAAGUAGCACCUUCAUGAUCCGCAUCCCCACCUGUCUCCUCCCUCACACGUGUCUCUAACACAGGCACAUUUCCUCUCUGCAGGCUGCUUUAAAGCAUCUAUUCUCUCCACAGGACAGUGUUUACACCUGCAAACAGAGGAGAGGUUUGGUGGAGCAGAACAUCCCUGCACAUGCUGCAAACCAGUCCUGUUUUUGGGGGCAUAUUCCAAUCAAGACCAGGACCAGGAGAGACCCCCAGAGACCUGCAGGACUUUGACAGCUGUGUCCUGGUUCAGUGUGAGACACAUCACUCCAGAGCUCCUCCAGUCUUUGCAUUGAGAAGCCUGUUUUAAAUGGGAUUACACAGCAGGUGAUCGAGCCUCCCUGCAGACUGUCUAUUUAUUGCAUGUCUCCCCCUCUUUUCUGUUUUUUUGCUGUCACAAUGAUGGUGGUUUUCAGGGCGAAGUGAGGCAGAGACAACGACUCCUUUCCCCCCAGUGGAUGGUCCUCUCAGCUGGGCCUCUGUCACGCAUGUUGCUCUCAUCUGGAGGAGGACAUUGUUUUUGUUUUUAAUCCCCCUGAAGUGACAGACUCCAUAAAGAACACCCUCGUCAGCCCCGGUUAUUCUAUCGAUUUGCUCAUCCCAGGGUCGAAAGAUGGCGGACCUGGAAGCAGUGCUGGCUGAUGUCAGUUAUCUGAUGGCGAUGGAGAAGAGCAAAUCUACUCCUGCAGCCCGGGCGAGCAAGAAGAUCAUCCUCCCGGAGCCCAGUAUUCGCAGUGUGAUGCAGAAGUACCUGGAGGAGAGAGACGAACUGACGUUUGACAAGAUCUUCAACCAGAAAAUUGGCUUCCUCCUCUUCAAGGACUUCUGUAUGAACGAGAUCGACGAGGCCGUUCCACAGCUCAAGUUCUACGAAGAAAUUAAGGACUACGAGAAGCUGGACUCGGAGGAGGAGAGGUUGAGCCGCAGCCGGCAGAUUUACGACGGCUACAUCAUGAAGGAGCUGCUGUCCUGUUCACACCCAUUUUCUAAGAAAGCAGUGGACCAUGUGCAGAGUAACUUAACAAAGAAACAGGCCCCGACUCUCUUCCAGCCGUACAUAGUGGAGAUCUGCGACAGCUUGAGAGGGAAGAUCUUCCAGAAGUUCAUCGAGAGUGAUAAGUUUACUCGUUUCUGCCAGUGGAAGAACGUGGAGCUGAACAUCCACCUGACCAUGAACGACUUCAGCGUUCAUCGGAUCAUCGGUAGGGGAGGCUUCGGGGAGGUGUACGGCUGCAGGAAGGCCGACACGGGCAAGAUGUACGCCAUGAAGUGUCUGGACAAGAAGAGGAUCAAGAUGAAGCAGGGAGAGACUCUAGCGCUCAACGAGAGAAUCAUGCUGUCGUUAGUCAGCACAGGGGACUGCCCGUUCAUCGUAUGCAUGACGUACGCCUUCCACACCCCCGACAAGCUCUGCUUCAUCCUGGACCUCAUGAACGGCGGCGACCUGCACUACCACCUGUCUCAGCACGGCGUGUUCAGCGAGAAGGAGAUGCGUUUCUACGCCGCUGAGAUCAUCCUGGGUCUGGAGCACAUGCACAACCGCUUCGUCGUCUACAGGGACCUCAAGCCAGCUAAUAUCCUGUUGGAUGAACACGGUCAUGUUCGUAUCUCCGACCUCGGCCUCGCCUGCGACUUCUCCAAGAAGAAACCCCACGCCAGUGUGGGGACUCAUGGCUACAUGGCUCCGGAGGUUCUCCAGAAGGGGACGGCGUACGACAGCAGCGCCGACUGGUUCUCUUUAGGCUGCAUGCUCUUCAAGCUCCUCCGAGGGCACAGUCCCUUCCGGCAGCAUAAGACCAAAGACAAACAUGAGAUCGACCGCAUGACUCUCACCAUGAAUGUGGAGCUGCCGGACUCCUUCACUGCAGAGCUCAAAGACCUGCUGGAGGGGCUGCUGCAGAGAGACGUAUCCAAGAGGCUGGGCUGCCAGGGCCGAGGAGCUCCAGAGGUGAAGGAACAUCAGUUCUUCAAAGGAAUCGACUGGCAGCAGGUUUACCUGCAGAAGUACUCUCCUCCUUUAAUUCCUCCCAGAGGAGAGGUGAACGCCGCCGACGCCUUCGACAUCGGCUCUUUUGAUGAGGAGGACACCAAGGGCAUCAAGCUGCUGGACAGCGACCAGGAGCUCUACAAGAACUUCCCUCUGGUCAUAUCGGAGCGCUGGCAGCAGGAGGUCGCCGAGACGGUCUACGAGGCCGUCAACUCCGACACGGACAAGAACGAGGCUCGCAAGAGGGCCAAGAACAAGCAGCUGGGCCACGAGGAGGACUACGCCUUCGGGAAGGACUGCAUCAUGCACGGCUACAUGCUGAAGCUGGGGAACCCGUUCCUCACCCAGUGGCAGCGCCGCUACUUCUACCUGUUCCCCAACCGGGUGGAGUGGAGGGGGAGGGGGAGUCACGGCAAAACCUGCUGACGAUGGAGCAGAUCGUGACGGUGGAGGAAACGCAGAUUAAAGACAAGAAAUGUAUCCUGCUGCGCAUCAAAGGAGGGAAGCAG